AUGGGUGAAUCGCGAACUGAGUUGCUGGCGUGGUUGAACGACCUGCUACAAAUCAGCUAUACUAAAGUAGAACAGUGUGGAACAGGUGCGGCUCAUUGUCAAAUCAUCGAUUCUAUAUUUGGUGAUGUACAAAUGAACAAAGUCAAGUUUCAGGCAAAACACGAAUAUGAGUAUGUCGCUAAUUAUAAAGUGUUGCAGACAGCUUUUGACAAACAUAAGGUGGACAAAGUAAUUCCAGUUACAAAACUUGUAAAAUGCAAGUUUCAGGAUAAUCUUGAAUUCUUGCAAUGGUUGAAGAAAUAUUGGGAUACUUAUUAUCCUGGUGGUCCUUAUGAUGCAUUAGCAAGACGAAGUGGUUCUACUGGAGGACCCAUAAAGACAGUUUCAGGUGGAGGGGCUUCUAGAACAAUGCCUGUAAAACGAACAACUCCUGCUUCAACUAGUUCUAGUCGUGUUGCUACAGGAUUACAUGAGACCAGUAGUCACUCAGCUUCGAUGGUGAUGGAAUUAAACAAACAAAUAGAUGAACUUAAGGUCACUGUAGAUGGACUUGAGAAGGAACGAGACUUUUAUUUUGGUAAACUUCGAGAUAUCGAGAUCUUGGUUCAACAACAAAUUGAUAUUGAACCCGAAAAUCAAUUAUUGAAAGAUGUCCAAAGUAUUCUCUAUAGUACAGAGGAAGGAUUUGAGGCACCUCCCGAAGGCGCACCAGGUGGAGAAAUUGAAUAUGAAGAAGAAACCUUUUAA